CCUUAUGUCUAAAGACCAAUUCAUUCUUUAUGGUGAUUUUAGGGAAUAAUACUGUAAUGCUCUUCAUUGUAUGGGGGAAACUCAUUCACAUUCACCACCAAUAUGUAGCAUCCACCUGGAUGGGUCUGCAUAGCCAUAGUCAAAAUGAUAUUAUUUGUGAACCAAAACAACUGGCAACUUUGUUCAUGCUCACAGAUCAUAGAUCUGUGUUGACAUACAUACUCAUCCCUAAAAUGUGAUGUCUGUGCGGUCAGCCAAAGCAACUCUGAAUUUUUAAACCAGCCCAGACCCUGACCCAGACCCAGACCCUGACCCUGACCCUGACCCAGACCCUGACCCAGACCCAGACCCUGACUGACCCAGACCCUGACCCAGACCCAGACCCAGACCCUGACCCAGACCCUGACCCAGACCCAGACCCAGACCCAGACCCAGACCCAGACCCUGACCCAGACCCAGACCCAGACCCUGACCCUGACCCAGACCCUGACCCAGACCCAGACCCUGACCCAGACCCUGACCCUGACCCUGACCCAGACCCUGACCCUGACCCUGACCCUGACCCUGACCCAGAACCAGACCCAGACCCUGACACUGACCCAGACCCAGACCCUGACCCAGACCCAGACCCUGACCCAGACCCAGACCCAGACCCUGACCCUGACCCAGACCCUGACACUGACCCAGACCCAGACCCAGACCCUGACCCUGACCCAGACCCAGACCCUGACCCUGACCCUGACCCAGACCCAGACCCAGACCCUGACACUGACCCAGACCCAGACCCAGACCCUGACCCUGACCCAGACCCAGACCCAGACCCAGACCCAGACCCUGACCCAGACCCAGACCCAGACCCUGACCCAGACCCAGACCCAGACCCAGACCCAGACCCUGACCCUGACCCUGACCCUGACCCUGACCCAGACCCAGACCCAGACCCUGACCCAGACCCUGACCCUGACCCUGACCCUGACCCAGACCCUGACCCUGACCCUGACCCUGACCCAGAACCAGACCCAGACCCUGACACUGACCCAGACCCAGACCCUGACCCAGACCCAGACCCUGACCCAGACCCAGACCCAGACCCUGACCCUGACCCAGACCCUGACACUGACCCAGACCCAGACCCAGACCCUGACCCUGACCCAGACCCAGACCCUGACCCUGACCCUGACCCAGACCCAGACCCAGACCCUGACACUGACCCAGACCCAGACCCAGACCCUGACCCAGACCCAGACCCAGACCCAGACCCAGACCCAGACCCUGACCCAGACCCAGACCCAGACCCAGACCCUGACCCAGACCCAGACCCAGACCCAGACCCUGACCCAGACCCUGACCCUGACCCUGACACUGACCCAGACCCAGACCCAGACCCUGACCCAGACCCAGACCCAGACCCUGACACUGACCCAGACCCAGACCCUGACCCUGACCCUGACCCAGACCCUGACCCUGACCCAGACCCUGACCCAGACCCAGACCCUGACCCUGACCCAGACCCUGACCCUGACCCAGACCCAGACCCAGACCCUGACCCAGACCCAGACCCAGACCCUGACCCUGACCCUGACCCAGACCCAGACCCAGACCCUGACCCUGACCCAGACCCUGACCCUGACCCAGACCCUGACCCAGACCCUGACCCAGACCCAGACCCUGACCCUGACCCAGACCCAGACCCAGACCCUAAAGCCUUCCCUCAACCCUAGACACCACUGAGCAGCUGCUGAGCUAAACAGCUCUUGUGUUUGUAUGCUCAGUCUGGCUGACAGAUCCCUUCUGCAGUCAGAGGAACACAAACAAAGGAGAGGAAAGAGGGGGACUACGCUUGAGAGCCGUCCUAGAGAAGAAAGAAAGAGGGUAAAGAGAGAGAGAACGAGGGAUUAGGGUUAGACGGGAGCGGGGCCGGAGUGUGGGAGCCACAAGGGCACACGCAGGAUCAAAGGUCACCUCAGACAGCCUCUAACAGGAUUAAAUGAUGCUGUCCACUCAUCAGGACGACGCCCAGAAUCACAGAUUUCUCUGUCUCUGUCUCUCAUUCUCUCUGUCUCUCUCUCUCUCUCUCUCUCUCUCUCUCUCUCUCUCUCUCUCUCUCUCUCUCUCUCUCUCUAACAGGAGAUAGUGCUGGUGGUGUUAUUUGGUGUGGAGUAUGGUGUGCGGCUGUGGUCAGCAGGGUGCCGUAGUAAAUAUGUUGGCGUCUGGGGCCGGCUGCGCUUUGCCAGGAAGCCUAUCUCCAUCAUCGGCAAGUGACUGGAGCACACUCCACGCUGGUUUCCUCAGUCUUCAGAUUAAAUAAGAUAAAAACAUGUACAAUAAUGCCAAUUAUUAUUCAGUAUGCAAAUAGAUAUCCUAAUUAAGUAACAGUGAUAAUUUAACAUCCGUCGGAACCCUCCUGUAACAUGGUUCCCUCCUGUAACAUGGUUCCCUCCUGUAACAUUGUUCCAUCCUGUAACAUGGUUCCCUCCUGUAACAUGGUUCCCUCCUGUAACAUGGUUCCCUCCUGUAACAUUGUUCCAUCCUGUAACAUGGUUCCCUCCUGUAACAUGUUCCAUCCUUUACAUGGUUCCCUCCUGUAAAACGCUACCCUCCUGUAAUAUUGUUCCAUCCAGUAACAUGGUUCCCUCCUGUAACAUUGUUCCAUCCUGUAACAUGGUUCCCUCCUGUAAAACGCUACCCUCCUGUAAUAUUGUUCCAUCCAGUAAACAUGGUUCCCUCCUGUAACAUUGUUCCAUCCUGUAACAUGGUUCCCUCCUGUAAAACGGUACCCUCCUGUAAUAUUGUUCCAUCCUGUCACAUGGUUCCCCUCCACUGUGUGCUUCUCUGCAGAUUUGAUUGUAGUGGUGGCCUCCAUCAUCGUGCUGGUAGUAGGCUCCAAUGGACAGAUGUUUGCCACGUCUGCUGUCAGGUAAGACACUGGCCCUCGACUCUCAUGUCCAACGUUUUCUAAGUUUACAACAUUAUUAUGCAGGGCUCCAGACUGCAACCAUUUAGUUGCAUUUUGCGACCCUUUGACUUGGCUAUUGUGAGUGCCGUUUCUUAUUGGUCGAAUUGGUGCAAGCUGCACAUUCUACAUGGUCACCGCACUCCAAACUUCCUUUUUAGGAGGCUAAAACCAUGAUUUGGUCAAAUGAUUCCUGUAAUGAAGGUCUCUGCUCUGCCCCUGUGCCUGUUCUGCUGGGGCCUGCUGCUGUAAUGAGUUAGCCACUCACUCACUCUCUCCCCGCAUUCCGGGAUAUUUUUUAUUUUCUUCUGAUUGUAUAGGCUGUAACAUUUCAAAAUCAAAUUGUGGGUAAUACACAGCUUUGGAAGCCACUACGGUUGUCGCUGUUGUCCCUGUUGAAGAGAGGAGGUUCUCAGCUUUCUGUAGAUAUAGUUUAUAUUUCUCCGCUCUCAGUAUUCAGCUCUAUAGCACAACUAUUUUACAACCAAGAUAUUUGAUAUGGCUUUGAGAUAUGCAGCUUGAGAAUUGCGCUUUGGCCAUUGCGAGUGCAUAGCCUUAUUGGGUAGUAGGUUACAACUCCAAUGUUUUUUUUAGCACAUUGAAUUGACUGUUAGAUUAAUACAUUGCCACCAGCAGUGGGUAUUAUGUUUUAGAGUUCAAAUCAAAUCAAAUCACAUUUUAUUUGCCACAUGCGCCGAAUACAACAGGUGUAGACAUUAGGGUGACAUGCUGACUUACAAGCCCAUAACCAACUAGUUAGUGAUCUAGCUAUUGUGUUUUUAGUUUCUACUUACUCAGGUGGUGAAGUAGCCCCCCAAAAAAUAAGCCUAUGAUAUUAUUGCAAAGAAAGAUGUGGACAAAUGUAUCUCUAUUGAACAAAAUAAAAAUCUGGACAUUUUGGAGCCGUAUUUCAACAGUAAAAUGUAACAACAAUACCCUAUUUGUCCCAAAAUUCAUGACAUCACUGGAUUCGUUUUUUUUUUAAAUUAUUUUUUAAAAUAUCUUGAAUCAUGGAUCCCUGCAUGGACAUGUUAGAUGAAACAACUUAUUUCUUGAAUAUCAUCUCAGUAGUCUGUCUAUAACUGAAUUACUUUAUAAGAUGAUUACAACAUUUUUUUUCUAUUGUGUGAUGCUGUGGGAAAGAAAUUGGUGCCAGCAGUUCCACCAGGUGAAAAUGUUUGUCUGGAGUCCCGAUCAUGAGACAGAGAGUGUGUGUUUGUUCCAGAGGGAUUCGCUUCCUGCAGAUCCUGCGUAUGCUCCAUGUGGACCGGCAGGGAGGGACGUGGCGUCUGCUGGGCUCUGUGGUCUUCAUCCACAGGCAGGUCAGUUUGGGUCCCUGAAAAGCGCUGUAUAAAUAACAUGCAUUCUUAUUAUUAUGAGUUGUUCACUGAGAAACAGACUUGACAAACACUAACACACACACUCGUAAUUUAAUGCUGAACACUUGAGCGUCAAUUGUUUUGUUUGUUAUUAAUAACUUUAUUCCUCCUAGAUAACUAUGUUUAAUAACUUGUCUCUCUGUGUGUGUGUGUGUGUGUGUUUCCAGGAGCUCAUCACCACGCUGUACAUUGGUUUCCUGGGGCUCAUCUUCUCCUCCUAUUUUGUGUACCUGGCAGAGAAGGAUGCUGUGGACAGCAAUGGAGCCACUGAGUUCGGGAGCUACGCUGACGCGUUGUGGUGGGGGGUGGUAAGGCUGCUGUGUGUGGGUUCGUGCGUGUGUGUGUGUGCGUGCAUGCGUGUGUGUGUCACAGUAGGUUGGUGGCACCUUAAUUGGGGAGAACGGGUUCGUUCUAUUGACUGGAGAGGAAUGAGUGUAAUGGUAUCAAAUCCAUCAAACACAUGGUUUCCAUGUGCUCCGUUCCAGAAAUUAUUAUGAGCCGUUCUCCCUCAGCAGACUCCAUAUGGGCUGUUGUGGAUGUGGUGUGUGUGUGUAUGUAGUUGUGUGUGUGUGUGUGUGUUUGUGUGUUGUGUGUGUGUGUGUGUGUGUGGUUGUGUGGCGUGUGUGUGUGUGUCUGCGCAUGUCAAUAAUUGCUAGUGUGUAGUGGUGUCUUGUGUUGGUGUGGGUUGGGUUUGUGCUGUGUAGGCAUGGUGGUGGUUGUGUUCAUUCCGGUUCACUUAACAGGGCGGAAGUCUGCUAAAUGAGUCUCUAUCUAAAUGUUUGUUUCUGCAGGUGACCGUCACCACUAUAGGCUAUGGAGACAAGGUGCCUCAGACAUGGAUCGGCAAGACCAUUGCAUCAUGUUUCUCAGUCUUUGCCAUUUCCUUCUUCGCCCUACCAGCUGUAAGUGUCAGGUGGAAAGAUACUGUUUGUUCAUCAGUCACACAGUGAGUGUAAGUGUCCGGAGUAAUCAGGUGGAAAGAUACUGUUUGUUCAUCAGUCACACAGUGAGGUACACUCUUAUUCGUUUGUCCCAAUAGGAUAAGCUUUUUUGGUUACAGGUGGAACCCUUUGGUGGUGAAAAAGGUUAUACUAAGAACAUUUUAGUGGUGAAAUGGUUCCUUGUAUUAGUGAAAGGGUUCCACUUGGAACCCAAAAUAGUUAUUUUCAGAGGGUUCUCCUUAGGGGACAAUUGAAGAACCCUUUAUGGUAAUAAGUUGCGCCUUCUUUUCUAAGAGUGUAGUAAUCCACAAUGUUUGUUUGCAGGGGAUCCUGGGUUCAGGCUUUGCCUUGAAGGUCCAACAGAAACAGAGGCAGAAGCACUUCAACAGACAGAUCCCUGCAGCUGCCAUUCUCAUCCAGGUGAGUCUGACAGAGACAGUCCCAGUGAAACCGACAUCGGUGUGCUAAAUAAGCAAUAUUAGCUUCAUCCUCUCUGAGUACAGUAAACUGUCUGUUCCACAGCUCCAACCCGGGGCCCUCUGCCUCGCUAACACGCUUGACCGCCCUCCUUGACAACGUACGAACCAGUUGAGCUAUAGAAAAGGAUCCAAUUUGAUGGCACAAUUGGCGACAUUUCAAGCUAGCCGUGAAGUGAGCUUUUCGGCCCGUUCUUAUCUCCGUUACACCAGCAUGCUCUUUUAGUUCACAGCAACUCUUGCAUUUCAGAAAACAUGUUAUUCUGGAGAUGCUGUGGAACAUGGUUAGGUAGAUGCGUUCCUCACUAUUCCUUUAAAAGUACUUUAUCUCGGGUCAACUGUGGUGUAGAUUCUAGUCUUUGCCUGCAAUGUUAAUGUCUGUUUAUUUCCUUAUCACAUUCUCUGUCCAGACUUCGUGGAGGGUCUUUGCCGUGGAGAACCCUGACUCGGCCACCUUCAAGAUGUUUGUGAGGAGGAGACCUGCUCUGCCCAGCUUCUCUGAAUCCAGUCCCAAGCCCAAGAAAACGGUCAGCUGUCACUAUGGUCCUACAUAUCCAUAUAGAAUCACUGGUUAUCAGAUCGAUGCUAUUUAAAUGAUUCAUUCAUUAAUUUAUCAAUCCAUUCAUCCAUACAACCAUCCAUUUAUACACCCACCCAUUUACCCACCUAUCCAUUUAUCUGUCCAUCCAGCCAUCUACCGUUCAUCCAUCCCUCCCUCCAUCCAUCCACCCACCCAUCCAUCCAUCCAUCCAGCCAUCUACCGUUCAUCCAUCCCUCCAUCCAUCCACCCAUCCAUCCAUCCAUCCACCCAACCUUCUAUCCAUCCAUCCAUCCAUCCAUCCAUCCAUCCAUCCAUCCAUCCAUCCAUCCAUCCAUCCAUCCAUCCAUCCAUCCAUCCAUCCAUCCAUCCAUCCAUCCAUCCAUCCAUCCAUCCAUCCAUCCAUCCAUCCAUCCAUCCAUCCAUCCAUCCAUCCAUCCAUCCAUCCACCCACCCACCCACCCAUCCAUCCAUCCAUCCAUCCAUCCAUCCAUCCAUCCAUCCAUCCACCCAACCUUCUAUCCAUCCAUCCAUCCACCACCCUUCCAUCCAUCCAUCCAUCCAUCCAUCCAUCCGUCCAUCCAUUCAUUGACACCUGUCCCUCUGUAAAACAGGUGAAGCUGAGGAGGAAGUUGAAGAGCACUGAGAAGGACAACGGGCCUGGUUCUCCCACUGUUCCCAGUAUCACCUACGACUCUGUGUUCAAUAGUGAGAGGGAGCUCAGCUCUGACGUCUACAGCACUGUGUGCACAGGUAGGAGGGGUACAGUCCUGUAGAUAUUUACACUGCAUCAUAGUGGCUUGGAGUAGCCUAUAGGCGGCAGUUCACCCACAUAUUAAUGGCACUCUGUCGGGGGGUAUCAGAGUCAAUACCAUUUCUGUCAAUUGAAAGAUGUUUAAUUUAAUUCAUGAAUUAGACAUUCUCUUCUCUUUACCUCUCUGUUUUUCCAUCUCUCCCUCUCUCUUUUUCCCUAACUGCUGUUUCUGGCUUCUGUUUAGCCAAAGCCCGAGGAUGUGGUGAGCUCCUGUUAGUGUCCACUCCUCCUGUCCAGUCACUGUCCUCUUGACCAAUCACUCUCACUGUUACUGUCCUCUUGACCAAUCACUCUCACUGUCACUGUCCUCUUGACCAAAUACUCUCACUGUCACUGUCCUCUUGACCAAAUACUCUCACUGUCACUGUCCUCUUGACCAAUCACUGUCACUGUUACUGUCCUCUUGACCAAUCACUGUCACUGUCCUCUGGACCAAAUACUCUCACUGCUACUGUCCUCUUGACCAAUCACUGUCACUGUUACUGUCCUCUUGACCAUUCACUGUCACUGUUACUGUCCUCUUGAUCAUUCACUGUCACUGUCCUCUUGACCAAUCACUGCAUCUGUCACUGUCCUCUUGACCAAUCACUGUCUCUGUUACUGUUAUAUCUGUCUCUCACUGCCUGCUCCUUCUGUAUAGUUGUGUGUAGGUAUAUAAUAUAGUUGACCCUUUAGUCAGUCAACUGCAGAUCAAUCAGUCUUCAGUUGAAUGUGUGGGUCCCAGCACAUUUUCUUGCUUGUUGGGGUUUUAGGCUGGGUAUCUAAAUUAUAAAGCACUUUGUGACAACCGCUGAUGUAAAAAGGGCUUUAUAAAAUAUAUUUGAAAUUUGAAUGCAUACAAAGAUAACCCCAACCCAUUACCCCAUCAGUCCCCAUCCACCCGCCCGCAUCCUCCCUCCCCCCAAGAAACCAUGUUUCCCAAUCUGCCUACCCCCCCCCCCCCCCCCCCCCCGACCCGAAGAAAGCAUGGAGCUACUAGAUUGCUAGCUACAUGAUCCUGUUGUGUGUCUGUCUCCAUCCCUCCCUCCCCUCCUCUUCUUGGUCUCACAGAUACCCAGCAGUCCUGGACCUCGCUUUCCUCCCUUACAUUCAGCUCACCACUCCCAGGUAACAAAGCAGUGACCUGUUUUGUUUUCGCUACAGGAAUAGAUAAAUGAGAAAGGCUUGCAUGGAUUUUUUGAAAUUACAGUAUAAGAUCACAGGGAAAUCUUCUGUCACUUUGGCUCUGCAUAUUCUGAGCGUGUGUGUGUGUGUGUGUGUGUGUGUGUGUGUGUGUGUGUGCCUGCCUGCGUGCGUGCGUGGGACUGUGUGUGUGUUGGCAGUGAAAAAGAGCCCUGGUUUGUUGGAGGUGCAGCCCCCUCGUCCCCUCCAGAGGAACAGCAGCUUGGACCUGGACCAGGAGGAUCAGUGUGUUCUGACACCGGUCACCCACGUGUCACAGUGAGUCUGUUUCCCUUUCAGUCUGUGGUCUAUCACCCACGGGUCACAGUGAGUCUGUUUCCCUUUCAGUCUGUGGUCUAUCACCCACGUGUCACAGUGAGUCUGUUUCCCUUUCAGUCUGUGGUCUAUCACCCACGUGUCACAGUGAGUCUGUUUCCCUUUCAGUCUGUGGUCUAUCACCCACGUGUCACAGUGAGUCUGUUUCCCUUUCAGUCUGUGGGCUAUCACCCACGUGUCACAGUGAGUCUGUUUCCCUUUCAGUCUGUGGUCUAUCACCCACGUGUCACAGUGAGUCUGUUUCCUUUCAGUCUGUGGUCUAUCACCCACGUGUCACAGUGAGUCUGGUUCCCUUCAGUCUGUGGUCUAUCACCCACGUGUCACAGUGUGAGUCUGUUUCCCUUUCAGCUGUGGGCAUCCCACCCACGUGCACAGUGAGUCUGUUUCCUUUUCAGUUGUGGUAUAUCACCCAGUUGUCACAGUGAGUCUGUUUCCUUUCAGUCGUGUCGAUCACCCACAGUGUCACCAGUGAGUUGUUCCCUUUCAGUCUGUGGGUCUAUCACCCCAAACGUGUCACAGUGAGUCUGUUUCUUUCAGUCUGUGGUUCUAUCACCCACGUGUCCACAGGGAGGUCUGUUCUUUACAGUCUGUGGUUUAUCAACCACGUGCACAGUGAGUCUAUCCAUUUCAGUCUGUGGUCUAUAACCCACGGUCACAGUGAAGUCUGUUUCCCUUCAGUCUGUGGUCUAUCACCAAGUGCACAGUGAGUCGUUUCCCUUUCAGUUGUGGGUAUAACCCACGUUGUCACAUGAGGUCUGUUUUCCUUGCAGUCUGUGGCUCUCAACCACGUGUCACAGUGAGUAUGGUUUCCUUUCAGGUCUGUGGUCUAUCACCCACGUGUCACAGUGAGUCUGUUUCCCUUUCAGUCUGUGGUCUAUCACCCACGUGUCACAGUGAGUCUGUUUCCUUUCAGUCUGUGGGCUAUCACCCACGUGUCACAGUGAGUCUGUUUCCUUUCAGUCUGUGGUCUAUCACCCACGUGUCACAGUGAGUCUGUUUCCUUUCAGUCUGUGGUCUAUCACCCACGUGUCACAGUGAGUCUGUUUCCCUUUCAGUCUGUGGUCUAUCACCCACGUGUCACAGUGAGUCUGUUUCCCUUUCAGUCUGUGGUCUAUCACCCACGUGUCACAGUGAGUCAAUUACAUAAUGACAUCAUCAUAAGCCUGCUCUCUGAUUGGUCCCUUCAUAAUGACAUUUCUGUAACCCUGCUCUGAGUGGUCUAUUCAUAAUUACAUCAUCAUAACCCUGCUGUCGGAUUGGUCCAUUCAUUAUGACAUCAUCAUAACCCUGAUCUCGGAUUGGUCCAUUCAUUAUGACAUCAUCAUAACCCUGCUCUCUGAUUAGUCCAUUCAUUAUGACAUUGUCAUAACCCUGCUCUCUGAUUGGUCCCUUCGUUAUGACAUCAUCAUAACCCUGCUCUCGGACUGGUCCCUUCAUAAUGACAUCAUCAUAACCCUACUUUCUGAUUGGUCCCAUCAUAAUGACAUCAUCAUAACCCUACUUUCUGAUUAGUCCCAUCAUAAUGACAUCAUCACAGUGAGUCUGUUUCCCUUUCAGUCUGUGCUCUAUUUCUAGCCUGAGCCUCAGUUACUGUAACAGUGGUUGUACGGUGAACCGAGCUCUCUUGAUGAUGACUAACCUUGUCUGAUACUGGAAGACUUAGCUCCCUGAGGACACACACAGACAGACACAAAGACGCAUGCGCACACACACACACACACACGCACGCACGCACGCACGCACGCACGCACGCACGCACGCACGCACGCACGCAAGCACAGACACACACCACACGACACACACGUUAUAUGUGAUCAUCAUCCUAAAGCCAACUUGACACAACCCAACAAAAGUUGUAAAUGGGCUUAGUUCCUGUCCACUGAAGCUCCAUCUUAACAAGGGGUAUGGUCCUGCUAUCUAUCAGGGCAUCAACUGGGUUUUGCACCCUGGCUGGCUAAACCCUUGAACCAGAAGGCCCCAUUAAACAAUGCUCCUUACUUAAACAAGCAGGGACCACUGUGUCCAUGCCUAUUCACUUUCUAUGCAUAUUAGACUGAUUUAUCCUUCACCAGUAAGGUAUAUCAUUGGUUGAUUGGGGCCUGUGACUCCAACAAUGGGUGGCUACUGGCUAGUCGCUAUAGAUGCAGGCUUAUUAUGGGUAGAUUUUGCUCAGAUGACACAGCAGUUAUUUGAGAUCUUCCUACUGGCCUUUUAAUGUUUCUUGCAUGUGUUGUAUUUUCACCAACAAGAUAAGGUUUCAAUUUGUUCCUGUUUAUCUUUAUCCUGAUUGCAGUGGUGGGCAGUCGAGAAGGUAGCUCCUUUCUUUCCCAUCAUGGGAGGGCACUGUAGAGGUCAUGAAUGGCAGGCAGCUACUGUACAGUUCCCUGGUAGAUAACAGCCAAGAUGACUCCACGAUCUUUAGCACAAUGCUAGCAGGGGAGGGCGGCCAUUUUGUGAUAGUGCUGCUGUUUGUAGUUUGAGUUAAGACUCCCCUCGGUCAUUGGCAGCUACUAGUAUGAAGAUAGAGAAGCACCAACAGACAUUCAUAACGUGCCAAAUCAUCAAAGAUGUUAACUCAUCUUGGUUGUUUUCGGCCUAAAAAAGUAGGAUGAGUCAACAUUGCUUGCCAGAGAUCCUCAUCUAGCAUUGUGAUGGCCAGAGUCUCAGCUGCUCUGAGAUCAGAGAGAGAGGGAGUGGCUGUUUAGACCAGGGUGUUGACACUAGUAAUUACAUGACCUUUUCCUGUCACUUUCAGCUCCUUUGAUAUGCCUUCCUUGUUGUUGUCCCCAACAAACAAACAAACAGAAAGACAGACAGACAGACACAGUCCAGACCCCCAGAACCACACUACCAAGGUCAUUUCUCCUCUUAUCACCCAAGUGUCACUUCGGUGAAAGAGGGGGAGAGACGGAGAGAGAGUUAGAGAGAGGGGGGGAUUGUAUCCAUGGGUGUUUGUCUAGGCAAGGGGAUAAAGUGAAUGCAUCGUCUUCUAGGUUUAGGCUUGGUGUGUCUGGUUGUCUAGGCCAGGGGAUAAAGUGAAUGCAUCGUCUUCUAGGUUUAGGCUUGGUGUGUCUGGUUGUCUAGACCAGGGGAUAAAGUUAAUGCAUCGUCUUCUAGGUUUAGGCUUGGUGUGUCUGGUUGUGUAGGGCUGGUAAGACUACUGCAAGAGUGCAGGGACGACACAAUGAAAUAGACUAUUAGUUACCUACCCAGUCACUCUCUUUCCAUCUGUCUCUCAAUUCCUCUUUCUCUAUGGUUCCCCUUCUCACUCCUCCCCAGAUCAAAGUGGCAUGCCGCUGGCUCCCUCACUGUUCUAUCAGGGUGAUGAGACCUGACAUGCUACAGGUUCUAUUAGGGUGAUGAGGUCUGACAGACUACAGGUUAUAUCAGGGUGAUGAGGUCUGACAGACACAGGUUAUAUCAGGGUGAUGAGGUCUGACAGACACAGGUUCUAUCAGGGUGAUGAGGUCUGACAGACACAGGUUCUAUCAGGGUGAUGAGGCCUGACAGACACAUGUUCUGUCAGGGUGAUGAGGUCUGACAGACUACAGGUUAUAUCAGGGUGAUGAGGCCUGACAGACUACAGGUUCUAUCAGGGUGAUGAGGCCUGACAGACUACAGGUUCUAUCAGGGUGAUGAGGCCUGACAGACUACAGGUUCUAUCAGGGUGAUGAGGCCUGACAGACUACAGGUUAUAUCAUGGUGAUGAGGCCUGACAGACACAGGUUCUAUCAGGGUGAUGAGGUCUGACAGACACAGGUUCUAUCAGGGUGAUGAGGUCUGACAGACACAGGUUCUAUCAGGGUGAUGAGGUCUGACAGACUACAGGUUCUAUCAGGGUGAUGAGGCCUGACAGACACAGGUUCUAUCAGAGUGAUGAGGUCUGACAGACACAGGUUCUAUCAGGGUGAUGAGGUCUGACAGACUACAGGUUCCCACUAAUGGAUGCUAAGUACCAGGACCAGCCACCACUUAGUUAAAGCACUACUCUGAGCAUAGUUUUUACAAUGACACUCAAAGACAGAUUCACUUUAUCAGAGGCAAAUGACAGAGAAAUUGAGCUUAAACAUCAAUGUUUCUGAGCCACAUACAUGUAUAUUCAUCAAUAUAUUCAUUUUUAUUUACAGUAUGUUACUGACUGGUUGAAUAAAUGUUGUUUCCACGUAAUUUCAACAACAAAAAAUGUUAUGUGAUGACGUUGAAUCAACGUGGAAAACUGAUUGGAUUUGCAAAAAGUCAACAUAAGGGAAUUUAGUAUUUUUCACCCAAAAAGUUUACCUAAAUCCAAUGACAACUCAACCAAAUGUAAAUCAAAAAGUAGAUGUUACACUUUUGUCUGUGCCCAGUGGGCAGUGAUUGCUGAUAAAGAAGCCUCAGGAUAAUCAGCCCUAAACUCUCUGCUGGAAGUGUAGUCUGUAGGGAAUGGCCCCAUCUCAAUCUGCCUCAAUCUGUUUAUUCAGAAGAAAUGAGGCCGGUGGUCAAUUUAGGCAGCGUUUAUGCAGACACACCCUGACACUCUUCAGCUGUAGAAUGACCCUCAUGCUGUAGGGCAGGGAUUCUCAACUGGAGGUUUUGAGUGGGUCAUUGGUGUCUGCAGUAUUACUUUAGUGUGUUGUUGAAAACAGGAUGAAUAUUUUUGUUCUGUACCGGCUUCCUUCUUUUCACGCUGUCAUUUAGGUUAGUAUUGUGGAGUAACUACAAUGUUGUUGAUCCAUCCUCAGUUUUCUCCUAUCUCAACCAUUAAACUCGGUAACUGUCUUGUUUACAUUUUUAAAAUUCAGGCUGUAACACAACAAAAUGUGGAAAAAAGUGAAAGGCUGUGAAUACUUUCUGAAUACUACGCUAUAACUAUCACUCAUAGCCGUCUCUCUCAUGCAGGCUACAGGGGACCCACAGAGCAGCUAUCCAGGUGAUCCUACGGAUGCGUUACUUUGUCGCCAAGAAGAGAUUCCAGGUGGGUACGUUUGUAGGAGUGUUUUUGACCAGCAGAUCGAUCCACUGCAUUGACAGAAAGCACUACCUACAUUCUGAUAUAGGCUACCACACCCGGGUUCAAAUACUAUUUCAGGUAUUUCAAAUACAUUUCAAAACAAGUAUUCAGAUAACCUUUAUUUGAAAAAGCAAGUAGUUGAAUAUUGGAAUGUAUUUGCAAAUACACUUGGAAAGUAUAAAACAAAUACUCAAAUACACUGACUCAAAUGCAUUUAACCCAUGCUUUUGAAAAAGGUAUUUGAAACAAGUAUUUGAAAGUACUUUCAAAUACAUUUUGGUCGACAAUUUGGUUCGUACAAAUAACCAUCCAAAUCCUCAAAUAAAAGUACUAGUUUUGGGCUGUUCAUUAGAAAAUACUCAAAUACACAGAAAAAAAGUAUUUAAAUAACAAAUACUCAAAUACACAGAAAAAAGUAGUUAAAUAACAAAUACUCAAAUACACAUGUAUUUGAACCCAGGUCUAAAGGCUGCUGCUAUUUCAGCUCUUUCCUCCUUCCCUCUCUAUCCUAACACCAUUACAAUCCACUCCAUACAUUCAGACGUUCCCCAUUCUUCCCUCCUCUCUCACCCCCCCUAUCCUGGUUCUGUCUGGUUGCCCUCAGCAGUCAGCACACAGCAUAUCCUGUUUAGCAGCAGGCUGUUAGCCGCAGACUAGCGCUAGGUAGCGCUUGGGACAAUGAUGUCACGCUGAUGACUGUUUACCCUCCUCUUAACGGGUCUGCCUGUCCUGACGUCAUCUUAACGGGUCUGCCUGUCCUCACGUUGGUGUAACUGUUUGCCUUCCAGACAGGCUGCCUUGAUCAAGUCACACUGGGACUCCAGGACAAACAGGCAGCUUCACACGCCUAUCUGAGCGGUGUUGCGGAGCUCAGCCGAAAACUAACAGAGUCAAUCAAUGAAGAGACUCUUCCCUCAGACAGAGUUGUGUGUUUGCCUUGGUGUCUGUGUGUGACUGAGUUCUCAGUCGUGUGUGUGUUUGGGGGGGGUGGGGGUGAUGACUGUGUAGGGGGGGGCGGAGUGACUGUGUGUGUGUGUGUGGGGGGGGAAAGGGGGGGGGGGACUGUGUGUGUGUGGGGAGUGACUCUGUGUGUUGGGGGGGGGGGGGGGGGGGGGCUGACUGUGACUGUGUGUGUGUGUGUGUGUGUGUGUGUGUGUGUGUGUGUGUGUGUGUGUGUGUGUGUGUGUGUGUGCAGAAUGUCUUUAUGUUUGGUGUGAAGUAGAGGUGUUUGAUCUGGUUACACAUAUAUAUAUAUUUGGAACACCAUCUACUGUGAUGCUGUGUUGAAGUACAGUAACGCCCUCAUCUGAGUCCACGUCAGUCGAGGCCUGAGUUCAGCUGAGGUAGCUAGUCUACUCUACUGGCUACAGGCCCACUGCUGCGCUGCUCUACCCUGUUCUACCCUGCACGGCACGCACUCAACAGAGAAAUUGACUCUACAGUCAAACACACCUAGUGGCUGGCUCAUGAAUGAUAGAUUGUCUGUUUAUGACUGAGAAAAAACACUCAAAGUGGAUUAACACCAUGAGGGUUUUAAGUCAUAGUUCUCAGAUUAAAGUGGGUUAACAAAAUGAGGGUUUUAAGUCAGUUCUCAGAUUAAAGUGGGUUAACACCAUGAUGGUUUUAAGUCAUAGUUCUCAGAUUAAAGUGGGUUAACACCAUGAGGGUUUUAAGUCAUAGUUCUCAGAUUAAAGUGGGUUAACACCAUGAGGGUUUUAAGUCAGUUCUCAGAUUAAAGUGGGUUAACACCAUGAUGGUUUUAAGUCAUAGUUCUCAGAUUAAAGUGGGUUAACACCAUGAGGGUUUUAAGUCAUAGUUCUCAGAUUAAAGUGGGUUAACACCAUGAGGGUUUUAAAUCAUAGUUCUCAGCUUAAAGUGGGUUAACACCAUGAGGGUUUUAACUCAGUUCUCAGCUUAAAGUGGGUUAACAAAACAAGUGUUUUAAGUAAUAGUUUUCAGAUUUAAAGCUGGAUAUGUAACUUUUUGGGGCGUCUGUGUAUUCUCUUGACUGCUUUCAAUCAUUUUGUGUGCGGGUGGUAUGACUGUCUUUGAUGUGCUUACAUCGGAGAGAGAUCUUUUCAGAUAUUCUCUCUAGUCUCCAACUCCAACUUCUUUUCACAAACUGUGCUAGAAAGUCUUAUUUUACAAGAUGGCAGCUUUUUGAUCUGUUGAGUUCUUUUUGAGUUUUUAACACUGUGUGUUCUGCAGCAAGCGCGUAAGCCCUAUGAUGUGCGAGAUGUGAUCGAGCAGUAUUCCCAAGGACACCUGAAUCUCAUGGUGCGCAUCAAGGAUCUACAGAGGAGGUGGGAUGCAUCUCAAACUCUCAUGAGUCCCAUUCAUUUGAAAUUGAUAUCAAGGCCUUUAUGCGGGUUAGCUCAUCCAUUGCAAUUAACUCACUGAUAAAAGUGCAUAUGAGUUGCACACUACAGACCCACUGGGCACAGACGUCCGUUCAACGUCUAGUUUUGAUUUACAUUUAGUUGAGUUGUCAACUAAUGUGACAAAUCCAUGCCAUUGGAUUUAGGUUAAAGGUUGGGUGAAAAAAAAGACGAAUGUCCUUACGUUGGUGACUUUUUGCAAAACCAAUUAGUUUUCUACGUUGAUUCAACAUCAUCGCAUUGAUUUUUUGGGGGUUGAAAUGACAUGGAAACAACAUUGAUUCAACCAGUUUUUGCCCAGUGGCGAUGCAGUCUUUUUUUUUGCCACACUCGUCUGUGUCAAAAUCCACUGAGAUUGAUUUUUUACUGCAAUAAAUUGAAAUAUCACCAGGGAAAUUACAUUAUUUGUGUCCGCCUUUCUCUCACAGAAUUUGACCCAGGUGAGUGCGGCAUGCUAUAUCUCUGAUGUGACUGCACCUGUAUAUAACCCAAUGCACUGCAUUCAAUGUUUUUAAUUCUCCUCUAGACUGGACCAGUCUCUAGGGAAGCCGACCCUGUUCCAGACUAGCUCAGGUAAACAGUUCCAGUCGUUCAUUUCAUCGUAGAGGGGCUGGACACAGUGUGCUAUAUCUCUAUAACUUACAGCAUCUUAGAGGGGCUGGACACAGUGUGCUAUAUCUCUAUAACUUACAGCAUCUUAGAGGGGCUGGACACAGUGUGCUAUAUCUCUAUAACUUACAGGAUCUUAGGGGGGCUGGACACAGUGUGCUAUAUCUCUAUAAUUUACAGCAUCUUAGAGGGGCUGGACACAUUGUGCUAUAUCUCUACUGUAACUUACAGCAUCUUAGAGGGGCUGGACACAGUGUGCUAUAUCUCUAUAACUUACAGCAUCUUAGAGGGGCUGGACACAGUGUGCUAUAUCUCUAUAACUUACAGCAUCUUAGAGGGGCUGGACACAGUGUGCUAUAUCUCUACUGUAACUUACAGCAUCUAAGAGGGGCUGGACACAGUGUGCUAUAUCUCUACUGUAACUUACAGCAUCUUAGAGGGGCUGGACACAGUGUGCUAUAUCUCUAUAACUUACAACAUCUUAGAGGGGCUGGACACAGUGUGCUAUAUCUCUACUGUAACUUACAGCAUCUUAGAGGGGCUGGACACAGUGUGCUAUAUCUCUAUAACUUACAGCAUCUUAGAGGGGCUGGACACAGUGUGCUAUAUCUCUAUAACUUACAGCAUCUUAGGGGGGCUGGACACAGUGUGCUAUAUCUCUAUAACUUACAGCAUCUUAGAGGGGCUGGACACAUUGUGCUAUAUCUCUACUGUAACUUACAGCAUCUUAGAGGGGCUGGACACAGUGUGCUAUAUCUCUAUAACUUACAGCAUCUUAGAGGGGCUGGACACAGUGUGCUAUAUCUCUAUAACUUACAGCAUCUUAGAGGGGCUGGACACAGUGUGCUAUAUCUCUAUAACUUACAGCAUCUUAGAGGGGCUGGACACAGUGUGCUAUAUCUCUAUAACUUACAGCAUCUUAGAGGGGCUGGACACAGUGUGCUAUAUCUCUACUGUAACUUACAGCAUCUUAGAGGGGCUGGACACAGUGUGCUAUAUCUCUAUAACUUACAGCAUCUUAGAGGGGCUGGACACAGUGUGCUAUAUCUCUACUGUAACUUACAGCAUCUUAGAGGGGCUGGACACAGUGUGCUAUAUCUCUAUAACGUACAGCAUCUUAGAGGGGCUGGACACAUUGUGCUAUAUCUCUAUAACUUACAGCAUCGUAGAGGUGCUGGACACAUUGUGCUAUAUCUCUACUGUAACUUACAGCAUCUUACAUCUCAUGUUGUUUCUUGUUACGUCUUCUUGUUUCGCUGCUCUAUGACUUGGACCAUGAUGCUCCUGGGGCCAAAGACAAAGCCAAAGACAAAGGCACCAACACCAUCGGCUCCAGACUCAACAGGAUGGAGGACAAGGUAGGAUGUUAUACCAUGUUACGCCCUCUGCUCGAUGAACAGAGUAUGGAUACUCAUCAACAGGUGUCACUAUAGAGUCAGAAGACAUGUCCAUUCAAUUUCUAUUGUGCCUUUACCAGAUUUCAAAGCCCUCCAUUUUGUGCCACCUUACCCCACCGCCAAUGUUAAGCACCCAACUCAGUGACACACGGCAGCCAUUUUGUGCCAAUUCACUCUACACCGACACAAUCAGUCCCCUAAUGAUAUCCCAAAAUAGAAGGAGUUGACACCUUUCAAGUUUUCUAUUGGUUUUGGCUUUCAUUAAAACUAUUUUGAUCAUUUAAUGAGUGAUGAUAAUGGCUUGGUUUGUUUUCCCAAGAUGAAAAGGAUUUGGUGAUUUGCCUGAAGAAAUACGGAUAAUGAGAACAUUAGAAUAAACAUUUCCAUUUUCCGCCAAAACAGACAAUAAAAUAGACAAAGUAUCUAUUAAUUAUAUUAUAUUGGUCUGUACAGUAUUGACUUUUCUGUUUGUCCAUCUACUUACAGAUACAACACAUGGACCAGAUGCUCAACCAAAUCGCAGAGUCCCUUGCCCAGCUGUUGUCUGGGAUGAGCCAGGGGCAGGGGCAGGGGGACAUGGGGGGAGCACAAGGGCAAGGUAGGAGGAGGAGGUCACAGGGUGGGGCAGGUGUCCCCAGCCAGGAUAGCCUACCCAGCUACGAGCAGCUCUCCACCGCGACCCUCCAUCCGUCCCUCAACCCCAGCCUCAGCCAGGACAAGAGCUCCUGA